UUUUGACGUUUGGAUUAACACCGGCAGGUGGACUUUUCAAAAUUUUGUUCAAAAUUUCAGAUGAUGAGUUACACUUGACACAGCUUGGCAUAACUAGCAUUUGUCUUGUUCCAUUUUUAUCAAAUCUACAGAAUGCAUUAGAAGGGAUUCUUUUAAAAGAGAAUAGUUGGAAACUAAACAUGUUUUCGAAGAUUGACAGCAUUCUCCUCAAGAUAUCCACUGUUGCUGUACUGAUGAACACAACUCUAGCGAAAUACUACCCCAUUUUCAUACCUAUUAUAUCUGUGUAUAUAUCGUCAUUAUGUGCAUUGUUGAUAUUGGGUUUAGCUUAUAAGUUGUCACUUUUCAAAGAACUCCCGGAUGAGGCAUCGAGGCAGAAUUCGAACAGAAAACCGCUAACAUUUAUGGAUAUCGUGAAGUUGACAGCUCCGAUGGGAAUGAAACAAAUUGUGGAAAAAUUUGAGUUGACACUUUUGAAAAUCAUCCUUGUUC